AUGUCUGAACAAAGGGCCCAGACAAAAAGGGUGGAUGAUGCCAAGGCCCAGAGGAAGAGAUUAUCCUUUAACAAGAGGGGUACCUUGUUCCCUGAGAAGGGAGGGCUGGAGGGGAAGGAAGUUGGAAAGCCUAAGGAUGGAUCCUUCUGUUCCAACUGCCUGCGGCUGCCCCUGUCCAACACCUACCCCUUAAGUGUGGCUCCAGCUCUACCACAGGCCUCCCUAGCACUCCCUGGCCUGUUAAACCCAUCGCCCCUUCCCUUCCCUGGACAAGAAGUAGAUGGGAGUGAAAGGCUCUUCUGGCCCAAAUCCUUUGACUUCCUGUAUGGGGAAAUUUUACUACAGAACUUACCUAUCCAGGCAAACAUCAAUCUGUAUGAAGAUUCAGACAGUAAAGAAGAAGAGGAUGAGAAAGAAGAAGAAGAGGAAAAG